UGCCGGGGGGCCUCGGGCGCCCCCGCCGCCCGCCUCACGCUGAAGUUCCUGGCCGUGCUGCUGGCCGCGGGCAUGCUGGCGUUUCUCGGUGCCGUCAUCUGCAUCAUCGCCAGCGUGCCCCUGGCGGCCAGCCCGGCGCGGGCGCUGCCCGGCGGCGCCGACAACGCCUCGGCCGCCUCGGCCGCCUCGGCCGCCGCCGCCGCGUCCCCGGGCCCGCAGCGCAGUCUGAGCGCGCUGCACGGCGCUGGCGGCUCGGCCGGGCCCCCCGCGCUGCCCGGGGCGCCAGCGGCCAGCGCGCACCCGCUGCCGCCCGUGCCCCUCUUCAGCCGCUUCCUCUGCACGCCGCUGGCGGCCGCCUGCCCGUCGGGGGCCGAGCAGGGCGACGCGGCGGCCGGCGAGCGCGAGGAGCUGCUGCUGCUGCAGAGCACGGCCGAGCAGCUGCGCCAGACGGCGCUGCAGCAGGAGGCGCGCAUCCGCGCCGACCAGGACACCAUCCGCGAGCUCACCGGCAAGCUGGGCCGCUGCGAGAGCGGCCUUCCGCGCGGCCUUCAGGACGCCGGGCCCCGCCGCGACGCCAUGGCCGACGGGCCCUGGGACUCGCCGGCGCUCAUCCUGGAGCUGGAGGACGCCGUGCGCGCCCUCCGGGACCGCCUGGACCGCAUCGAGCAGGAGCUCCCAGCCCAUGUGAACUUCUCAGCGGCCCCAGCCCCUGUGCCCGCGGUGCCCACAGCCCUGCACUCCAAGAUGGACGAACUAGAGGGGCAGCUGCUGGCCAAGGUGCUGGCCCUGGAGAAGGAGCGUGUGGCUCUCAGUCACAACAGCCAGCGGCAGCGGCAGGAGGUGGAGAAGGAGCUGGAUGCGCUGCAGGACCGCGUGGCUGGACUGGAACAUGGGUCCUCAGCCUACAGCCCUCCAGAUGCCUUCAAGAUCAGCAUCCCCAUCCGCAACAACUACAUGUAUGCCCGUGUGCGGAAGGCACUGCCUGAGCUCUACGCCUUCACCGUCUGCAUGUGGCUGCGCUCCAGGUCGGGUGGCAGUGGCCAGGGCACGCCCUUCUCCUACUCGGUGCCCGGGCAGGCCAAUGAGAUUGUGCUGCUGGAGGCGGGCCACGACCCCAUGGAACUGCUGAUCAAUGACAAGGUGGCCCAGCUGCCUCUGAGCCUGAAGGACAAUGGCUGGCACCACAUCUGCAUCGCCUGGACCACAAGGGAUGGCCUGUGGUCUGCCUACCAGGACGGGGAGCUGCAGGGCUCUGGUGAGAACCUAGCCGCCUGGCACCCCAUCAAGCCUCAUGGGAUCCUUAUCCUGGGCCAAGAGCAGGACACCCUGGGUGGUCGGUUUGAUGCCACCCAGGCCUUCGUGGGUGACAUCGCCCAGUUUAACCUGUGGGACCACGCCCUGACACCUGCCCAAGUCCUGGGCAUUGCCAACUGUACCGGGCCGCUGCUGGGCAACGUCCUCCCCUGGGAAGACAAGCUGGUGGAGGCCUUUGGGGGUGCAAAAAAGACCACCUUUGAUGUCUGCAAGGGGAGGGCCAAAGCAUGAGGGGCCACCUCAUCCAGGGUCCCUCCCUUGCCUGCCAUUUUGGGGACCUUACGGUGGGGGCACACAUUCCCUCCUCAGCCUACCCACACACUGGCCUUCCCUCCUGCCCUGCUCCUGGCCAUGCCUCCCGUUUCCCCCACCUAUACCCACACCUCCAGAAUGCCCUGCCCUGCAGUGGCUGUCCCCUAACCCCACUUGGAUGGGGACAAGCAGCUCAAGCCAACAGGUCAAGCCUGGGGUGAGUCCAGGGCCUGGUGGGGGGUGAUAACAGUGCCCACAGCACUGUCCACCCUCUCGGCAUCACACUGGAGCUGUCUUACCCCACCCACCCUGGCCCAUCCACCACGUCUGAUGCCACUGAUCUCAACAGCAUGUCCCAUGGGGUCAUGUAUGGAGGAAGGGCCCACUAUCUCAGUGGCAGGUGUGGCUGUCUGCCCCCCGUCCCCCAAGCAACAGGCCUGGCCCCUUCCCCUUCAGGGCCACAACAAGUUCUAGAGCUGUCCCCCCAGCUGAGAAAGGGAUGACAGAGACAGAGGAGACUCAGACUCACCCCUCCUCCAUCUUUCCACCCGUUGCCAGUGAAGGGCAAGGGGAUCUUGAUGGAGCCUCCUGCACCCUCUCUCUUCCUCCUCCUUCCUCGUUUCUUUGUGUGCAGUGGUUUGAAUGUUGGUUCCAUGCCUGGCCCACCCCCACCUCAAUUCCCAGGACAUCUCCCUCCCGGCUCCAGCCUGAGGGACCAAGACCCUGGGAGGCCAAAAGGCCAUAGUCACCCCUUGUGCCCACCCACAUGUGUGCUAACUGGCAGGUCACCCCUCCUCCUCUGUGCCCAGGACAGGGCCUGGGUCACGUCAGCCUGGGCUGGGAGCAGCUUGUGACAGAGGCAUGUGCCCAGGGGACCCAGGUUACAGCACAGCCACAUUACCUAAUCCCUCUGCAUGGCCCCCGCAGCCUCUGGGGAAAGAAGGGAGAAACCGAGUGGGCAAAGAGGGAGAAGCACGGAGUGGUGUACAGAGCACUGGAUGAGAAGGAGCCCAUGGUUCCUAGCCAGCCCAGCUGCUCACCUGCUGUGUAGCCUUCUGUAAGUCCCUGCCUUCUCUGGCUUGGCCUUCCUCAUUUGUGAGCUGAGGCCCUUGCUUUGGUCAUUUCUCCAGAUCAAACGUGAGGUGGUCUGUGAUUCCAAGUGGAUCAGGUGAGGCAAGCCUGACGCUACCUAGGAACCAGGGCAGAUCCUGAGAGUAGGCAGCAGAUGGGAUCUGGCCGGGCAUGGGUCAGGGUCAGGAGCUGCCUCCAGAGAGUCAGGGGCAAGGGCAACGGGUAAGGCAGACCAACCUCAUGCACAGAUUGUAAAAACCAGCUUUUCUGGAUCGCCCCCCCUCCAGCCUGGAACCCUUGCCCAUCUGAGAGGGCUAAAGGCUUCCAGCUCCCCACCCUGAGUCCUCACCAGCUCCCCCAAGAGAGUGGAAGAAUGUAAAAGCUGUAAUGUAAAAGAAUGAAAAUACCCAGUCUGACUUCUUGCUUGUAUAGAUGGGGAAGAGCUCCGAGAGGUCAAGUGACUUACACAGGACCACACAGCACAAUGUGGCAGAACCAAGGCUAGAACCCAGGGCUUCUGACACCCUCUUCAGUCUUCUUCCCCCCUACACCAUACUGCCUGCCCGUGAGUGUCUUUGAGUCCAGCCUUCACCUUAGAGGACAGACAUUUUAAAGAGGUCAGAAUGCUUUCCAACAUGAACAUCUUCCUUUAUGAAACACACAAACAUCUUGGCAUCGAGACCCCCCCCACCACAGGAAGUAGGGGGAGGAGAGGGGUGAUCCCCAGGCACUCUGGCAGGAAUGGAAGGCAGGUGUUCCCUCUGCCAGUCACCUACCAGGUGUCUGGGCAGCUGCAGGCUACCUGACUCGAGCAGGUACCGGUGCCUUUUGCCCCGCUUUCUGUUCCCUGUCUCUGCUCCCUACCACCGCUUAACCUGAGGCAAGAUGCAAGAGCUGCAGGCUGUGGGGCCCAUUGCCAUGGAAGCUUCUCCAAGACUUGUUGCCUCCAGCCCCCAGUUCCCUCCCUUGUUGCCAGUUCAAGAGCACAAAUAGACCGUUCAGCACCACGGGCCCAACUCCCCCUAGAAGAAGAAGCGAUGGCGUGCUUCAGCCAGAACCUGCUGAGACCAAGGUUGCCCUGGUAACAGCCAAUGACAUCAGCCUAAGUGCUGGGUCAAGCGUCUCUUAGACAUAUGCUGUUGCUGGGACAACAGCAGAUUCAGAACCCAGAUUCCCGGGACAAUGGGCUUUAUUGGGUUUCUGUUACCGGUUUUAAGGAAGCAGCUUUUGUGGAGGCCUUGGGGAAAGAAAGGGUCUAGGAGAGAACUGACAGAACUUGAGCCUACCCAGAGGCAUCAUCCCAAGUCCUUUAUGCUUUGUCAUGGUGACAAAGAUGAGACAUCUGACCUUGGUCCCAUGCUGAGUCACCCUGGUCGGCCCUCCAAAGGGCACAGGAACAAAUUAGAGGCGUUGAGGUGCAGACUGAGUCUGGGCCAUUGGUGAGUGGCCUGGGUGCCCGUUUCCAUUCCAGGAAGGUGAAAGCCCGAAAGUCCCCACCCCUCCUUCAUCCACUGAUCGUUCUUCACCUUUGCUGAAUGGCUGCUGUUUGGACGCCAGCUCUGGUCUUGUCUAGCUGCUCCUGGGCACAGCCAAGAAGACAGGGAAAGAGGAGCUAGAAAUGGCGCUUGCUUGUGUCCCUGAGCUGCUCUGGCUAAUGGUGAUGCUGGAGCCUGUUUGUUCCAUCUUUUUUAAAUGUCAGGCACUGUGCUGAGCCCCUCACAUCUCAUUUAUCCUCACAACACAGUCGUAAGCUGGGACUGUUCUUAGCCCCAUGAUACAAGGGAAGGAACUGGGGCACAGAGAGGUUAAGUAAUCUGCUCAGUGUCAAUCAGUUGGCAGGUGCUGGAGUCCAGACUUCAAAACAAGGCAGAUUACAGCCAGGACCAAAGGGACCAGCACCCCUACUCUCUGUGGAGUGGGACUUGAGCAUCAUUGCUCCCAAUGGGUUUUUCCCUAAAGAGAUGUGCUUGAGCCCAUUCACUACCCUCAUAGGGUUGGUGAUGGAGGAAGAGGCCCGGGAUGGGCUGGCCCCAGGGCCGGGGUCCCCUUGGGGGAGGCCGUGGGAGGGGUCUCUGCAGUGUGCCCACCACCUCAGCCCUUCAACUGGCUCUUGUUUCCAGAACUCAAAGGUAAGAGGAAGCUGGACGGUCUCCCAAGAGGCCCAGGCCAGGAAUGGGGGAGAUGAUCUUUCUCAAACUUCUGUUUUGGGUCAAGCCCUGCGCCAGGUGCUUCACAGCUCUUAUCUGCCAGAUUUUGCCCCCCUUUGUGGCAUGCUGUACCCCCAGUCAACAUCCCGAGGGGACGGAUCACCUUGCCACAAUCGUGCAUGACCUAGGACCACAGCUUUGGGCAGGAAGGUUUCUUCAGGAGGCCCUCCUGAAGCCUCAUUUUAUAGAUGAGGAUGCCGGGGCCCCGGGAGGGUGAGUGGCCCUUGGGGCCACCCAGCGAGGACACCCGGAGACCUGAUCUCAGCUUUCUGACUCUCCACAACGCAGUGGUCCCUACCCGCCACCAAGAACUGGGUCCCUGGUUCCUCUCCAUUUCCCAGCACCUUGCCCGGAGCAGACUGGAGAAAGGGUCCCCUCCCAAAGAUGGGAUCAUUCUCUUCCCCUCUGUCCCAGCUGCCUGCCACCCCAAACCCCACCUCACCCCUGCUGGGUGGGGAAGGGGCUCUCGUGGACCCAGGCUGAGCAGUGAGUGAGCACGUCCAGCUGUCUGACACUGUGAAAUUAGUGCACCCGCCCCCCCCGCCCAAUUUUGUACAUAAAGUGACAUGAGAUGCAACGUGUGUGUGUGUGUGUGUGUAUGUGUAUGAGAUGUGUCCUGGGUUUUGUUACUUUUUUGUUUUUGUAAAUUUGAAUGUUCAAAAUAAACAAUGUUUACUCUGAG